GCGUCUCUGAGGCAACUUUACUUUCGUUAUUUCAUCAUGUGCUCAGCGCGUCUGUGAGUCUGUGAUGUUUCAUAGUCUUUAUAGUCACUAAACUAAACUAAACAUCAUGAAGAGGACCGGAUGUAGCUUCUUCUUCUUCUGCUGCUGCUGUUUUCUCAGGUCUGCCUCAGGUAAGCCUCUCCAGACCGCCUCACCUGGCCGAGUGUUUGCAGCCGUCGGCGGAGACGUGGUCCUGCCGUGUCGCCUCACCACGUCUGUGCAGCCCUCCGGUGUCACGGCGGUGGACUGGUCCCGGGUAGACGAUCCGUCGCCGCUCACGGUUCACGUUGUCCGUGAUGGAAAGGAGCUGGUGAAGGAGAAAGCGCCAGAAUACCUCGGGAGGACGGCCAUAUUGGAAGACGGUUCCUUGAAGUUGCUCGAUGUCCAACGGCGGGACAGCGGCAGCUACCGGUGUGUCCUCCUGAGAGACUCUUCUGUGGAGGACGAAGUAUUCGUCUCUCUCUCUGUAGCUCAGGUGUCUCAGGUGACCCUCUCUGUGAGACGGACUUCAGCCAACCAGCUGCUGGUCCGGUGUGAGUCCGGCGGUUGGAGUCUGGAGCCGGUGGUCUCCCUGCUGGACUCCGACAGAACCGUCCUGGCUGCUCAGACCGGGUCUACAGUCCGACCGGACCGCCUGUUCUCGGUCAGCGCCGUCGUCAACGUGGCAGCAGCUGCAGCGACGCUGACAGGAAGUAGAACUGUGACCUGUAGAGUAGAAAUACCUGGAACGAGUCUGGCCAAUGAGGACACGCUUCAUAUCUCAGAUGAGUUGGAUCCCUCGCAGGAAGGACUGGGCCGGUGUCUGGUGCUGGUCGGCGGCGCCGCCUUCGUGCUGGUUUGUGUUGUCGUCUCCGUCGUGGUGUUUAUCGUUCCGGUCAGGACGAUCGAGAAGCUGCGAUCGUCGGUGCAGCGCCUGAGAGUGAUGUGCGUCGCGCUGGUCACACGGGAGAGAGAUGGACGACGAGAAGGUGAAGAACAUGAGCCGCUGCUGGGAGAGUACGGAGACAUCAGCAGGGUGGAGACAACCAGAGCUUCUGAAAAGACAGCGAUGGUCAACCAGCUGAGCUGCAGAGGAGUUGAAGCCUCCAACAGGCUGGCAGAGAGAGACCUGAAGAAGAUGCUGGACUACAAAGACACCAUCAUCAGCCAGGGACAGUCACUUGGCGUCGCCCCCGCUCUGAUCGCCGCCAUCAUCUCCCGACAGUCUCAUGCUGGAACCCUACUGAAGGUCGACGGCUUCGGACAGAGCGACAACAACUGCUUCGGCCUCAUGCAGAUCAAUAAAAACUACCACGCUGUGAAGGGAACGGCGUUUAGCAAGGAGCACGUGGACGAGGGCGUCACCAUCUUCAUCCAGCAGGUCAAGACCAUGAGGAGGGAUAAGAAGAACUGGAACAAAGAGCAGCAGCUCAAAGGAGCGCUGGCUUGUUACAUCGCCGGCGAUGACCGAGUCAGGCAUCUGGCGUACGAGGACCUGGACAGCGUGACGCCAAACGAAGACUUCGCCAACGACGUGGUCGCCAGGGCGCAGUGGUUCGCCCACAACGGCUUCUGAACAUCACAUCACUUCCUUUGCUCUUCUUCACUGUUACUAGGCAACAUCAGACUGUAGUCCACGGCAUUUCAAAAUAAAAUGCAAAGCAGCUACAUAAAGUGAACGAGAAGCUGCUUCGCAUUUCAUUUGACAGCAUUUAUUUAAAACCAAUUUAAAAGACUGUAUUCAUAUUUAUGCUCCAAACCAAGUAGUUACAAAUGUGAAAAACAUUUUCACACUCUCUGUGCUUUGAAACGUUACUACUGUCAAACUUCUCCUCAGUGAGUCCGCCACUUGCUGUAAGUCGGUUUAUUUUAUACGGAAGUUAGCCCGCUACAACGAUCCCAACGUCCGCCGCUCUGACCAUCCUGCUACGUUGAGUUGAAUGGGAAUGUCCGUUCUAGUUUUCUAUUUCUAUGGCCUCGACUAAUUGAACCGGUGAUGUCAUCGUCCUCGUUGUUGAUUAGUUUGAGACGUUGAUGUGAUGAAACACGUUUUAUUUUAGCGAGAUCUCCAAGUAUAUUUAAUGAAUAUUAUCGCACUGUUUUAAUGGUUUGUUACAUUUCAAUACGUUUCCAAAGGUCAGGAGCAGAGAAACGGAGUUCUAGAUACUCGUGUAGUUCUAGAUACUCGUGUAGUUCUAGUCUUGAUUUUUGAUCUUUUGUUCUUACGAGAUAAUAACGAGUGUGCUCUAAAAAAGUAUAUUUCCGUUGUGAGCCAUAAUUAUUACAUGAUAAAGUAUUAAUAAGUGUUCAGUAUAUCUACAUAAUGCACGUCUGCACACACUGGAAUCUGUAUAAAUAACAUGGAAGAACAACAUGUUGACAAAUCUUUCUGUUUGAUUCCGUUAACCUUCACACAGACACAUCAGAGUUUAGAUCAACUAAACCUGAGAACGUGUCCAGAUGUGUUGAAUCCGUUACAGAAACAUCUGCUUGAGGUGUCCUUGAAUUUACUGCCAGUAUUAAUAAAUAUCAUGAUGAUGUAUUUACACUGGAAGGAAUGUAUUAUUAAAAUAUCAUCUGUGGUAGUUCAGUGUUUCUUUAUUAACAUUCAUCUCUCAUCUCACUGCAACACGACGCUGUUAAACCUGUGAAUAAAGAAACUCACGAUGUC